UGUUUUGACUUCUCAUUGAUUAUAACAAACUAGGUACCAUGAGAUUGAUUCGUUUGACCCUUCUACAUAUACAAAAUGCUAACUAAGAAUCUUCAACCCUUGAUACCUUCAUUUUCUAUAUUGUGAAAAUUGAAGUCUUUGAGUAAUCUAGCUUUCACAUAUCUGGAUCUUUAUCAAACCAUUGUAUAUAAAUGUGGUAGUCUGCAAGGUAGAUCAUCAGCUUUUGGGGAUUGAUUAGAGGGAGAUAGGGAGAGAUAUGGAGAUGGUGUUUGCGGUUUUCUUUGUAUUGGUGUUGGGGAUUAGCACUAGAACAGUUGAUGGUGCAGUUUCCCAAAGUACCAUGAAAAAGAUUGAUAUGAUGAAUAAGAAAGGCCCAUACUUGGGUAUUGUAGUACCUAAUUCCUUUGAGCUCACCCCUCUUCUUGAAUCUGCAAGCUUUGUGGCUGAUCAGAAGCUUCCCACUUUGGAUUUUUCAGGAAGAAGGUUUCGAUUCGGUAGGUUGGAUAAUCAGAGUGUUGUUAUAACUAUGACAGGGUUGAGCAUGCUUAAUGCAGGUGUAACAACUCAAUUAUUGCUAAGCCUAUUCAAGGUGAAAGGGGUUGUGCACUAUGGAAUUGCAGGGAACGCAGAUCCUCAACUUCAAAUCGGAGAUGUCACUAUCCCUCAGUAUUGGGCUCAUACAGGCCUUUGGAAUUGGCAGAGGUUUGGGGAUGGUCCUGAUGAUUUGUUAUCCUUGGAGCCAUUCGGAGACUACACUAGGGAUGUUGGUUACAUAAAAUUUUCCGAUUACAACAACAAAACUGUCGAAAAUUCUCUGAACAAUGCGUGGUACCAACCGGAAGAGAUCUUCCCAGUUUUUGGCACUCCUGAAGUUCGGCAGCACGCAUUUUGGGUCCCUGUAAACAGAAAAUAUUUUGCACUUGCUCAACAACUUUUGGAUUUGAAGUUAGAGAGCUGUGUGAAUACAACUUGUUUACCAAGAACACCAAUAAUAAUGAGAGUGGAAAGGGGGAUCAGUGCCAAUGUGUUUGUCGACAAUAGAGCAUAUAGACAAUUCUUGAACACCAAGUUUAAUGCAACUGCAAUUGACAUGGAAAGUGCCGCAGUAGCUCUGGUGUGCAAACAGCAAAAGAAACCCUUCAUUGUCAUUAGGGCGCUAUCAGAUUUGGCCGGUGGAGGCUCUUCUGUCUCGAAUGAAGCCUCUACUUUCGCAUCAUUGGCAGCUCAAAAUGCAGUCACCGUAGUGCUCAAAUUCAUUUCCUUGUUGUCUCCCUAGUUUCGCCAAAACAUGAUAUAUAGCUCCACUGAUUUUUCUUCUGUAUCAUCAUUCAUCAAGCAAUCAAUACUCGUAUCCAAAAUUCAAUUUGUUCAA